GGGGAUGCCCACUCCAUCACGAGCAGAGGCCUCACAUCAAUCGACCAAUCAAGCACAGAGUCUCCUGAGGCAAAAAUCCAGGCCAUUGCGCACGUGAACAAAAUCCGCCGAUGCUGCCUUCCCCUUGAGGUCUGUCUCCCUGGCUGCGAUAUCCCCUGCCCCCCGCCCCCCGCCCCUCUGUCGCCGUCUAUGUUUCCCCCAGAUUAUGGUCACUCCACGUGGUAUUCAUGAUGAUCGGAAGCGCCUCUUCGUCGUCAAAUUGCGCCUCCACGACCACCUUGCCAUCCUGCUGUAGUGGCGACUCCUCGGCCGCCUGUGCCGUCACCGUCGAUAGAAUGGCCAGAAAGUGCUGUUUGGGUUUCGCCGCUGCCUCAGCAGCCGCUCUGCCCUUCCCCCCUUUCAGCAGCCGGCCUCUUGGCCCCGCUGAUGGAGCGGCCAGACUCUUGCGAAGGCUCGAUGGCCGCAUGCUGCUGCUAGGCCCUCUUGCUGAGGUGGAAAGGACUUUGCCGACAUGAAGACUGGUGUUGAGGUGCUUGAAGCGCUGGGAGAUGGUCUCCAGUGGCAUGUCGAGAUGGACGGCGAGGUAGCGGAUGCUGCGGGUGAAGUGCCUGAACUCCAUGCCUUUAGUGAGUCUUUCAGCAUGCUGGUUGAAGAUAUUUUGAAGGUCCUGCCGAUUCAGAUGAUAUCGAUCCAUCAAGCCUACAUCCUUCACCAUCCUACGUACAUGCCGAGACACGCGUCGCAUGUAUGGAAUGUCCAACAAUCUCUCUGUCUGUCUGUCUGUCUGUCCGUCUGUCUCGUUGUUCUGUCUCUCUGUCUUGUCCUUACCGUGUCCACCCUGCCAAGUGUAAGAGGGCGUCUGCUGCCGAGUAGUAGAUGAAGAGCUGCUUCUGCUCCUUCUCCGCAAAGGGCCCCAUGGCCCUCUGACCCUCGCUGUCGCCCUCACCGCUGACGUCUCCGGCCUCUGGGAGCUCUGUAUACGAUCUGCUGCGGCGCCUCACGUCAAGGAGGGCCUGUCUUUUCCUCUCUUCCUCCUCUGCAUCGAGGUCGUCUCGCCACUGGGCAUGGUGCUGCUUCACCAUCUGGAAAUCCUUGUAGCAGUAAUCGAGCUCCUCCUGUAGACAGCCAUACAGAAAGGGCGAGCUCGAGUGGGUGGGCCAUGAAUGCACGCACCUGGAUGCGGCCCGACAGUUUGUUGAUCUCGUCUGCGUGUCCCGGGAUGAAGGACGCUGCCGCAUCCAGGCUCUCAACCAAGCGCUGGAUGGCUUUUGGGGCCUUGAGCAGCUUCGAUAUCUGCUCCUUCGCCUCCUCCGUGUCUUCCUCUUGACUAAGCCUUUUCUCCUCCUCGCCGACUGCUGCCUGCAAAGAACGCAUAGACAAAAGAAAAUGCAUUGAUGCGCCGACCGACACACGAGAGAGACUGCACUGCCGUCCUUCCGCCACCCAUCCACCCACCCACACCCCUCUACGGACCUUUGUGGGUUCCGCGUCCUCAAGUUCGUCUUCAUCGUCUUCAUCGGGCACGGGUGUGGGGGCGAGCAUCUUGCUCUUGGCCUUCUUGAGGAGGGUCUGGCUCUUCGCCAGCAGCUGGGCCAUCAUGCGUUCAUGUCUUUCCUGCACGGUGUGAAGUGACAAACCCGCACAUCCAUGUGGAUCAGCAGAGAGCAAUGGAGAAAGGAAGACGAUGCAUUCAUUCACGUGAGUUCACCUGGUCCCUCUCCAGAGUCUGCAGACUGGCCUGGAGCUCAGCUUGUAGCUCUGCCCCGAGGCGAACACCCACUGCGGGCGACUCCAUGGAGAAGGGCAGCAGAGGGGAGCAGAGCUACCACAGGGGGCCGCCGCCUCACCUGACUGAGGAGCUGAGGUACCAGGUGCGGUUCAAUGAGCUGGCAGGAAGGUCGCGGUUUCCUCUGAGCAUGCUCGAUGCCGCAGGCAUGCCACCAAGGUGCUCAGCGAGGUGACCGGCAAGGUCAUCUAUCAACG